AUGGGAACAACAAUUAAAGGGAUCUACAAAGGAUUCAAAUGCAGUCUAUCUCAUAUCUUUGUUGUCAAGGAACGUGAAAUAGAGAUUGGAUACCCAACUGAUGUUAAGCAUGUGGCACAUAUUGGGUGGGAUGGCCCUUCUGGAAGUGCACCUACUUGGAUGAAUGAAUUCAAAACAGGGCCAAAUUUUGCGGCCACGUCAAUCGGUCGUAAUUCAGGUUCUGCACUUUCUCCAUGGACGUCUCAAGAGUCCAUGAGGCAACAAUCAGGAACCGAGGCGUUAAAGACCACCCCAUCCGAACAAACUCCAAUCAAGAAGAAGCAAAAGCGAAAGAAAACCAAAUCGACUUCCUCUCCAAAGUCUAAUUCGGGCUCCUUCUCAAGGUCUUCAAGAGCCGUCACAGCCAAGUCGAAAUCCAAAUUGGUUGAGGAUAGCAAUGCAAAGCCUUCAAACAUUGAAGUUGCAUGA